AUGGCCUUACAAAGCGAAUAUCAGAGCCUCAAUCCGGCGACUGGGGAGCAUAUCGAGACCUUCCCGGAGCUGACAGACGAAGAAUUGCGCUCUGCUCUCUCAGUUGCACACGACUGCUUCACCAACCACUGGCGCUCAACCCCAAUGUCCGAGCGAGCCAAAUUGAUCAGGGAUGAGCUUGCGCAGCUCAUCACUCUAGAAGUCGGAAAGCUCAUUGCUGAGUCUCGUUUCGAAGUCCAAUUUUGCAUUGCCACCUUCGAAUACUUUGCAGUCAACGCAGAAAAACUCUUGCAGCCCAUCACUGUUGCCUCUGAUCCGGGUUCUGAGAUCUGGACAGAGCCGCUGGGCGUCAUCCUCGCCAUUGAACCCUGGAACUUUCCUCUUCUUCAGCUGUCUCGGGUUGCGGCGCCACACAUAAUGGCCGGGAACGUCUUGAUGGCAAAGCCUGCACCCACAGUGCCGCAGACCUCUCUGGCCUUUGCAAAACUAUUCAGCGAUGCUGGCGUCCCUAAGGGGGUAUAUACAAACAUAUUUGCCACUGUUCCUCAGAUUCAUUAUCUGGUUGAAGACUUUCGCGUCCGAGGCGUCACUUUGACUGGAAGCGAGCGGGCUGGCGCUGCAGUUGCCGAGAAUGCCGGUCGCCAUCUGAAAAAGACCGUUCUAGAGUUGGGAGGCUCGGAUCCCCUGAUCGUUCUCCCAGAUUCUUCAAUCGAAGACGCAGUCAGCGUGGCCGUGGCUGGCCGUAUGUUCAAUACCGGCCAAGGAUGCGCUGCAUCAAAGCGCGUCAUUGUCGUCGGCAGAGACCGUGAGAGAGAGGUCAUUGAGGGUAUGAGGAAGGCCAUGGCAGAGCUAAAGCCAGGCGAUCCUUUGGAUCCAAAGACUACUCUGGGUGCAAUUUUUUCUAAACGCGGCCUGGAUGGGUUGUUGGCCCAGAUCGAACGUGCCAAGGCAGCUGGUGCUACCAUUGUUCUUGGGGGGAAACGUUUUGAGUGCUCCGGGUUUUACCUUGAGCCAACGAUCAUGACGAACAUUAGCCCUGGGAAUCCCAUUGCUCAGGAGGAGACCUUUGGGCCGAUUGCUGCUAUAUACGGCGUCGACACAGAGGAGGAAGCCAUUCAGCUAGCAAACAAUACUGCAUUUGGACUCGGCGCGAGCAUUAUCGGAACAAGCGUCUCUCAUGCAAAGAAGAUAGCUGCACAGCUUGAAGCUGGCAUGGUGUUCAUUAACGGGCCUGCUUACUCAAGUCCCGAUCUCCCAUUUGGAGGCAUCAAGAAUUCUGGGUUUGGAAGAGAACUCUCCGAGAUCGGCUUCAGCGAGUUUACAAAUAAGAAGCUUGUCAGGGUAGCGUCCUCGACUUGA